CAUGAUGCCAACAAACGAAUUCUCAAAUACCAGUCUCGAUGUGGAUUGCAUAAAGCGAGCACGACGGACGACGCGCUCGCCUCUUCGUUUACUUUCCUUUGUUUACAAGUCGAUCGUGAACGAGCACGGUAAAAUCAAAUCGUACGAAGUUAUUGUACUAAAUAGGUUAGGUUAGGAACAGUGAAAUGCUAAGUGCUAGUGUAUCUUCAAAUGUCACCGAUAAACAAUACAGCUGAUAUAACGAGAGUUCGUUGGCAUUGAAAAAAAUAUGGAGUGGUUGAAAGGUCUGGUGGGGCGCAAGGAGCGCACGGAGGGUUCGCAUGCUCUGGACACCGGGGAUGCGCUGGAGUCUGCGCAAGAGCGGCAUGAGCGGUGGCGCAGCGUCUACGUCAUAUACUUCACCAUGUUUCAGAUGUCCCUCGGGUUCAGCAUCGUCCUGACGGGCGUCUGGCCAUACCUAGAUAAGCUACAGCCCGGUUCGAGUAAGGAGGCGCUAGGCUUAGCCGUGGGCGCCAGUCCUCUAGGACAACUAGCGGCCUCACCGCUGCUCGGGCUGUGGGCAAACCGGGCAGGCAGCGCUCGCGCACCCAUGCUGGCGACGCUAGCAUUAUUCGUGUUAGCAUCCACGUUAUACGCACAACUCCAUCUCACUCGACCACACGCGCACCACUGGAUGCUAGCAGCCCGCGCUCUCGUUGGGAUUAGCUCUGCAAACGUCGCAGUGGCGCGAUCGUAUUUGUCGGCCGCCACUCGCGAAAGUGAGCGGACACGCGCCGUGGCGGGGGCGUCGCUGGCGCAGGUGCUCGGCUUCGUGGUGGGGCCGGCGAUGCAGGCCGCCGCCGCGCCGCUCGGCCCCGGCGAGUCGUACCCACCUCCCGGCUCCUACGUCCAGCCCCUGCGCCUCGACAUGUACACCGCUGCUGGCUGGAUCAACGCAAUACUGGGCCUAAUCAACUUUGUACUCUUUUUACCUUUCUGCUUCAAAGAGAAGAAAAUUGCAGCUCGAGAAGCAAUGCUCGCCCAAGGAAAACAAACAGAGAAAGAAGCUUUAAAGGCGAUUAAGCCAGACUACGUGAGCAGCUGGACGCUGGUCGUCGCUUUUUUCGUGCUCGUGUUCAACUUUGUACUGCUGGAAACCCUGGCCACGUCGCUGACCAUGGAUCAGUUCGCGUGGAGCAAGAAACAGGCGCUGGAGUAUAUGGGCGCGCUCAUGAGUGCUGGAGCUCUCGUUGCCUGCGCUGUGUUUGCACUUAUUACGCCGCUCACGAAAAUAUUUGAAGAGAGAGCAUUGUUACUAUGGGGCGGAUUUCUUCUAACGGGUAUGGCCUCCGUGUUCUGCAUUCCGUGGGGCCCGGGACCCCCUCCACUGGCUCCUGAGUCACUGGAGGCAGGCGGCGGGUGUCCGCAAAUUUCACAGCCUUGGUGUGCUACCUCUCGCGGACUCACGCUGACGCAAUUUCUGCUGGGUUACACGUGCGUCUCCAUCGGCUACCCCCUGGGCGUGACGCUCAUUCAGACCAUUUUCUCCAAGGUGCUCGGGCCGCGGCCGCAGGGCGUGUGGAUGGGCGUGCUGACGGGCGCGGGCUGCGUGUCGCGCGCGCUCGGGCCCGUGUUCGUGUCGGCGGUGUACGCGCGGCGCGGGCCCGACGCUACGUUCGCGUCCACGGCCGCGCUCACGUUUGCGGCGCUGGCGGCGCUGCGUUUGGUGUACGCGCGCCUGCGCCCCCCUCCACCGGCGCCCGAGCCCGAUCCUCCGCGAGAGCUAUACCCGCUCACUGCCGCUGUGGACGCCGGAGCAUGACGGGGACGUAUGUUUUCAAACGGUCGAGUUCAUUGAACCUUACAACAAGAAUAUGAUAUAUUUAAGCUAUGUAUAAACGAUUUGUUUAUAGUUUCGUAAUUGUGACACUUAUUUCGUGUGAUAAUCUGUUUUACGUUCAAAUACUUAAAUAUUUUUGUAAACGACCCACUGUGACUGAAAAAAAUUGAAUAAAAAAAGUAAAGAAGCAAAUGAGCCACAAUUUUAUAAAUGUAUUAUAUAGGCAGGUAAUAAACUGUAAUUUAAAAUGUAAAGUUAUUCACUAUAUUAAGUUACUUCAUAUAAAAUGUGUACGACCGUGUUAAUAUAAUCGUUCGUAAAUGGUAAUUGCUAUAUAAUUGGUAUAUUUUAUAUAUAGAGAUAUUUUGAAGGUAGCUGAGCGAUGUCAGGGUAAUUCCACAAUAAUAUGUAAGGGUUAAGAUAAUAUUUAGUGCAAUACGAAAUAUAUCGACGUUGACGACGACGAUGACCGCCGGGCUUGUACAAUUACCUACCACCAGGUAGCUGUAUAAGCGACGACGCACGUCGACAAAACAGUGAUAAGACUGAGUGUUUGUUAGUAGUUCGUUACGAGUAUUAUAUACAUUUUUUUUUUAUAAAAUAGGAAGGCGGACGAGCAUAUGGGCCACCUGAUGGUAAGUGGUCACCAACGCCCUUAGACAUUGGCAUUGUAAGAAAUGUCAACCAUCGCUUACAUAUCCAAUGCGCCACCAACCUUGGGAACUAAGAUUUUAUGUCCCUUGUGCCUGUAAUUACACUGGCUCACUCACCCUUCAAACCGGAACACAACAAUAUCAAGUACUGCUGUUUUGCGGUAGAAUAUCUGAUGAGUGGGUGGUACCUACCCAGACGAGCUUGCACAAAGCCCUACCACCAGUAAACAUACAUUUAGGCCUGCUCCACACUAAACUACUACCUGGACGCUUCCUGCCCGCAAGCGGUAGUAUGUGCCCUGAGAGCCUUUGCAGAAAUGUUCAUAUACGGUGCUAAGUGAAUAUAAUAAUAAUAAUAAAAACAUUUAUUUCGACCAAACAGGGAUCAAAAUAUUACAAUAAUAAUAUUUUACAUAUUAUAUAUUAUUAUUAUAUAGGACAUCAUGGGUAUUUUGGAUAGGUGGCGCGGGAACUAAAGAUAGAAGACUUUACAGGGUCUGGAGAACUAUUCUUACUUUAAGUUUUAUUUGUUUAUUAUUAGAAAUUUUUUUAAUAAAGUCUGUACUUUAUUUAUGUAGAUAAGUAUUCUUAUUCGAUAAAUUAUAAAUAUUUUUAUUAUAAACAUUUUAAAGCAUGUAAACAAAAUAUUAAAAAAAAAAAAAUAGUACAAGUCGAAGUGUUAUUUUUUACUUUUAUAUGAUCGUUUAUAUGUAUUUAUUUAUCAUCGUAUAUC